AUGGAGCAGGUACCAAAGAUGGACGAUGGAAAUGAUCGCAAGGUGACAUCUCCACAUCUAACGCGUGACCUUCACGCCAUUGAAGUGCCACACAACAAAGAAGGCGCGCGUAUCAUCUGGUUGGAUGCCACUAUCGAUGAUUCGAUUGAAUCGCGUGCUGCACAGAGCCGUGUACUUGAUCUCAAUCCAGCUGCACAGUUCUACACAGACCUGUCCAAGUGUGUGACGCUUCUCAAGUCAACAUACGACGAACAACUGCUGCUGAUCGUUUCUGGUUCGCUAGCUCGGGAGGUUCUUUCUAUCGUUCACAGCAGUCGUCCUCUCGUUGCUGUCUUCGUCCUUUGUGAAAAUUCCACGCAUCAUACAGAAUUACUCAACCAGUAUUCCAAGAUUGCGGGUAUUUUUACCACUCUACAUCGGAACAAGAGUAUGUAUUUCGUUCAUCUUGUCUACCAACACAAUCGAAAAUAGCAUCUCUCGCUCUUGAAAAAUCAAUGCAUGGUAUAUUUUUAAUUUGAUUAUCAAUAUAGUCUUUCGCUAUACAAAAAUGUUCUGUUUUAUUGAUACAUGUUCAAGUUUCCAUCGAGAAAUGUUAUUCGAUGAAUAAUUUAGUUCAUCAAAUCCAUUAACACAAUCCCAUUCUCCCACACAUAUUCAACGUCGAUCAAUACAUUGACCAGUUAUAUUACAAUAAAAAUAUUUGGUGAACAGAUCCACUCCGAACAAUUUCUUUCACCAUGUCCACGUUUCGUAUCCCAUAAUAAGUCACAAAAACAACAUUUCUUAUUAAAACGAUUAAGAGCCAAUUGAUUUAUUAUACACCAUCAUUAAAUACGAUAAUACUAAUGGAUAUUUUAGAUAAUGGAUUAAUUGAUUACAAUAACCACUUACAUCACCACAGAAUGGUGGAAUCAGAACGUCAGUUCUGCUGUUCCAAAGUGUCAUCUUUCUUUUCGUUUAUAGGAGAUUCGGUUUAAACAUGUUUCUCUGACACAAAAGACGAUUGUAACAAAAUUUAACAAAAAAAAGAAG